AUGACCGCCCCGCCAGAACAUCCUCGUCUCCCCCCUCCCUCUACUGACAGACUACAACUCGCCCGCAAUCCGACCUCGAUAGACGCAGACCCCAACCUGUACCACUCCCUCCUCCUCUCAAAACACCAAACCCAGCAGCCACUCUCGGACCCAAACCUCGAAGACGACAAAAAUCCAGAAAAAACAGUUUUAUAUCUUGCAUACGGCUCAAAUCUAUCCAUUGAGAAAUUCCGAGGUGAUCGAGGCAUUGAGCCGCUUUCGCAAACCAAUGUGUACGCGCCGGCGCUGAGGCUUACGUUUGAUUUGGUCGGGGUACCAUAUUUGGAGCCUUGUUUUUCGGGGACGAACUAUCGAACCGCUGAUGUUGAUGCAAAUUACAAUGGGGAGCGGUAUAGGGAUAUCAUCGAUGAGAAGGGAGGGAUAGAAGAAUCCGACCUCGAAGCUGGACAUAACAACAACCAAGGACAUGGCUACCACAAAGAACAAUGGCGCAAACCCCUCAUCGGGGUCGUAUACGAAGUGACUCUAACUGACUACGCACACAUAAUCGCAACCGAAGGCGGCGGAAACGGUUACGUCGAUAUUGUGACUGACUGUUUCCCUUUUCCUGGAGAUAUGGACUACAACCCGAAUGACCCUACACCCCAUAUACCGGCAGGCAAACCGUUUAUGGCGCAUACGUUAUUAUCACCGCCCAAAUCGUCGUUUAGACCAAAUAGCCACCUCAUUAGGCCUGAUCCAUCAUAUGCACAGCCCUCGGCCAGAUAUUUGAAACUAAUAACCGAUGGCGCCGAAGAGCUGAAUUUCCCAUAUGAUUAUCGCGCAUAUCUCGCGUCUAUAAGGCCCUAUAAGGCCACCACCUCUGGCCAAAAGGUGGGAGAGAAGAUUGCAUUGUAUAUAUUGAUUCCGUUGUUCCAAGUAUUCAUUGCAUUGGGACAGUUGCUUGCUGACGAUAACGGGAUUAUACCGGGUUGGUUGGCGAGAGUGUUUAAUGUGAUGCGGGAGUUGAUGUGGAUGGUUUAUGAUGUUGUAGUUGUAAAGGUGUUGGGGGAUGGGGAGAGGAGUGUUAAUGAUAUAUAG